AUGCAAAUCCUCACAACGAGCAUCUCGACCAUUACUCACGUCGUCUCUUUGUUGCCUUUGCCAUACAAAUGCAAAUCCACGCCAUCUCGUCUUCUGUCAUACCCUCGCAAACCUGCUAUCGUAGCUCCUCGCGUCCAGCGUGACGCGCCACGAGCCGGACAAUGCUGGCGCGGCCACAAGCACACGACACGCUUCGCCCGGGAGCGCUCCACAACCGGAAAAGGCCGCGCUCUCGUCUUUCCAGCAGCUGCCAGUCAAGCAGCUAUGCCCGAAGUGCUCACAGGGGCGUCCGCAGCAGCACACGCCUCGCCGGAGCUCAAGAAAACGACCACUGCCGUCUCAAGCACUAGCGAUAACAGUACCAGUACCAGCAGCAGCUCGGGCGACGACAAAAGGGCGAUGACAACAGACGACAGGAAAGUCGUUGAUACGUCGCGCUCGUCGCUGCGUGUCGACGGGCUCGAUGUCGACCGCAGCUCGCGGCCGCACUUUAAAGAAGGCAUUCGACUGGCCGAAAUGGGCAAGUGGACGUCGCUCCUGGAGCGUGUGACGUCUGAGCCGCAGCUUGCAAGACACAAAGAUCACCACGGGAUGUUGCCGCUGCAUUGGGCCUGCACAGAGGACGACACGCCGACUAAGGCGGUGCAGACGCUGCUCACUGCGUACCCGGAAGCUGUGAUGACGAAGAACAAUGCCCAAUAUUUGCCGAUCCAUAUUGCAGUGAAGGCUCGUGCACCGCUCGAGACACUAAGGUCGUUGGUCGAUGCACGACCGAGUUCGUUGAUGAUGGAGACACCAGCUGGCAAGACCGUGAUUCAGCUUGCCAAGGAGAUGCAGUUGCCGCCAAAGUCCUUGGCCAUGCUGCAACGCGCAGAACAAGACUAUUUGGAUCUGAGUGAAGAUGACGACGAAGCAUUUGACUAUGAAAACGCGAAGCGCGAUAUUGAAAUGCAGAGUCAGAUGCUGCGCGAGAGCAUACUACAUCCGCCGUCAAUGAACAGCCCGAAUGCAUCAUUGCUGCAGUCGAAUCCCAUUGGUGCUGCGUAUGACGUCGGAGCUACGCAAAACCCUUUUGGUAACAGUCAGAACAUGGUGACGACCCUCAGCUUUGUUGAUGGUGCACUCGUGCAGUCCCAGCGCAAUGCAUCAGGACCGUCUACUAUUUCACGAAAGACGAAAACUACUUCUGAGCCAUCGGGGACAGAACACGCGACGUCUACACCUCUGAAUACGCAGCCAAGGCAGCCUCAAAAAGCCAUCCGCACCGGUUCUUGUGCGGUCGGCUAG